AUCCCACACAUUCUUUCAUAAUAUCGGUCUCCGUCGAUCAAAGAAUAUUUCCAUCAAAAUGUCUGGAAACUUUGGGCUUGAAUCUUCGCUUCAGGCUUCAUAUAAAAGGCCUUGCAAAGCAAACUCUACGAAUGUACAUUCCAUCAUCACUCAAGAAUGGAACGCAUCCCUCUUUUCUUCAUUGGAUCGCCCGAGCAGGACGAGCCUGAAGUCAUAAAGGAUAGUCCCCCUAGUGUUACCUCUGAUACGAUGGGUUGGUUAAGUGGAAGUCUCCCACCGUGGCCUAGCGAGCUGUUCAAUGCCGUGUCUGGCUACGACAAUGAUCAGCGCGAGGGGGAGGUUUCCUGCGAAACCUUUCAUGGACCCUUUCCGUCGGAGUACGAAGCUACGCAACAACUCCGUCAGAAUUUUCUUCCAAUCUAUGAGGUUGGAAGAUUCCCGGCAGUCCCACCACCUGCUCUCGCAACAUGUGCUGACGUGAUGGUCUCGCCGACCAACGCCAGUGAUACCCAGAUAGUUGACCAGCACAAUUCGUGCGACUGCAUGGUCAGCAGUACCGCAUACACCUCGAACUCACCAGCCGUCGACAUGGCUGCGUCCCCCAUCCACCAUGACGGAGGUUACUAUCACUUUGGCCAUCAGUACCCUUUGUCGGUCAUGGUAGCUGCUUCUCACACGCCAUGUAAUUCGUUCAACGCAUCUCCGGAGAUCCCCACCCCAUUUUCCGCAUCUGGUAGCUCCGAAAGUUCAAUCUCUCGUCGUCCCUCGCCAGUGUACAUGGGGAAGUCUCCCGCAAUGCCAUGCAACGGAUCCUUGGUCACUGACCACGAUUCCUCCCUUACGGAUAAUAUUGCCACGUUGGGGCCUCUUUUCUAUCCAUGCUCUUUUGACAACUGUCAAGAGUGGAUUUCUGACGACAAGAGACUUAUGAAAGACCACCUGGCAAAGGCACACGACAUCCACCUUCGUGGCGACCCCGACGCGGAUGUCAUGUGUCGAUGGAAUGGGUGUGCAGCCUCUGUUAUGAAGAGUAAUUUCCCUCGCCACGUUUUGAAGCACUUGGAGGUUCGCUGGGAGUGCUCUGUGUGCCAAAAGGAUUUCUCGCGAUCUGAUAGUGUGCUCGAACACUUCAAACGCAGGGAGAUGUGCUUGGGUGGGACUCCCACCAGGCUCGUCAACUCGAAGGCUCACAGACGCCAAAUGUUUGGAGACAAGGUCGUACUGACUAAAGUUCACGGAGGUUGAUUCAUAACACGUAAAGUAUACACCAUUACAACCAAUAUGCAAUUCUCUCUUACUAUUCAUUAUUCCUGACUAUUCGUUAAUAAUGUUGGUUACAUUGUAUCCCUUGUAUAGCUUAUUCGUGACUAGUCUUGUUAUUGAAUUACUGGAAUCCAUUCGAGGUCUUGAG